AUGAAGCGCACUACUGCACUCUCGCUGUCUACCCUGUUUACAAUCUCUUUAGCGCAGUUCCCGUCUGCCCCUACUGGGCUCGAUGUUGUUACCUCCAAGGUCAACCCCAAAGUAAAAAUCUCCUACAAAGAAACCAACAUCUGCGAGACCACCCACGGAGUCAAGUCCUAUAGCGGUUAUGUCCAUCUUCCUGGGUCCAUCCUCGCAGACGUCGGCGGCUUCGACAUAAACACCUACUUCAUCUAUUUCGAGGCGAGACACAAUGCUUCGACCGCUCCGCUUGCCAUCUACCUCGCGGGGGGUCCUGGCGAGAGUUCCAUAUAUGCGGCGUUGGCGAGUGAAAGUGGACCGUGCUACGUCAACGUCGCAGGCAACGACACGACGAUCAAUCCGUGGUCGUUCAACACCCACGUCAACAUGCUCUACCUCGACCAGCCCGUCCAGACCGGGUUGUCGUACGACGAACUCGUCAACGGCACCUUCGACAUCGAGACGCUGCUCAUCACACCAGAAGAUUUCACCUCCGCGGCCUUACCCGCCACGAACGCAACCUUCCAAGUCGGCACGUUCUCCAGUCAAAAUCCGCUACACACCACAAACACGACCGUGUCGAGCGCGAGAGCGCUAUGGCAUGCCGCCGAGCAUUGGCUCUCCUCCUUCCCGGGCUACUCGACCUCGUCCAAGAAAGUCAGCGUCUGGGGCAACUCGUACGGCGGAUUCUGGGCCCCCGAGACCGCCGCGCUGUUUGACAAGAAACUCAAGACCCUCCCAGCAAAACACCCGCUAAAGACUAAAGCACUGACGGUGGACACCCUGGGCAUAACCAACGGGUGCAUCGACUUUGAGUACUCCAUCCAGGGAUACCCGCAGUUCGCGUACAACAAUACCUACGACGUGCGGUUCAUUCCUGAAGCGAUCUACAACGAGACCAUGGACAAUAUCACGAAACCCGAGGGUUGCUUGGACCUCAUCAAGAGAUGUCGCUCGGUCGGGCUGGCCGGCGACCCGCAGUUCAACGGGAAUAAUGAGACUGUCAACGAAGCGUGUCUGGCGGCUUCGGCCAGCUGCGAGGGCAUCCUCGGUGCAUUUGACGCGUUCAAUAAUCGAAGCGACUUCGACGUCGCGAUCCCCACCCCCGACCCCUGCCCCUACUACGUCUCUGUGAGCGAGUAUCUGAACCGGCCCGACGUGCAGCGCUCGCUAGGCGUGCCCCUGAACUUCACCUACGACUCCGUGCUCAUCACGGGCGUCUACGGCCUCUUGCCGCCACCAACCCCCUUCAUCGGCACGGGCGACAGUUUCCGCCAAGCCGGUCUCCGCAACGUCGAAUCCCUCCUGACAGAGGGCGUCAAGGUCGCUCUCGUGUUCGGCGACCGCGACUACCGCUGUCCGUGGACGGGCGGGGAGGCCACAGCCCUGGCGGCCCGGUGGGCGCACCAGGCAGAGUUUGCCACUGUCGCGGGGUACGAGGCCGUCCAGGGCGGCGGGGCGAAGCAUCCAGCGCUGGUGAAACAAUUCGCCAACCUGUCAUUCACCCGCGUCCUCGACGCCGGCCACUCCGUCAGCGCGUACGCGCCCGAGACCGUCUCGGUGGUGUUCGACCGCGUCAUGCUCGGGCGCGACGUCGCGACGGGGUCGCGCCCCGUCGGGCAGAAAUACCAUUCCACGGGACCCGUGGACAGUUGGGCGUGGCGGAAUAAACUGCCCCAGACAGACGAGGUGCCUCGCACGUGCGUGGUCGAAGGGGGGUUUACGGAGACGAAUCCGUGGGAGGAGUUGGUGUCGGCGUAA